AUGGCGCCAAGGCUCCCACCAUCGAAGCUCGAGAUGAUCCAUGACAUGAUACUUAGCAAAUCCCUGAACACAUCACAAAUGGCCGAAGCAGCUGAGUGUAGUGAGCGUUCAAUCAUCAACAUCCGCAACAAUCUUCACCAAUUCGGAAAUGUCAGAGCGCCUCCAACUCGUGUCGGACGACAACGAAGUAUCACCCCUCCGAUGCUAGAGGCCGUUUGUGAUCACCUUCUUGAGAAGCCUGGGCUCCACUCUGACUGCGAACCUGCGCAAUCAGUUUCUUACGUGCCUCACCCAUCUAUCGAUGUCGCUUAUGAAGCGGCGUGCAAUCCCUACCGCAACUCCUUUUUCAAUAAAAAACCCAGGGUCAUGGUCCUCAUGGAUCUGUUCAAGAUCCAGACCGUUGGCCAGCGUUACAUCGCAUGCCUGUCGAAAUUGAGCCUUCAAAUUGUCGUCAACAACAUUUGUUUCUUGCCACGCGGUGUAUUCCCUCACAGCCACAUCUCGGGGCCCGUCAAUUAUGAGCUGAUCUACUAUCUGUCCAUUUUGCGGUGGAGGUGUGGCCAAUGCUGGAAUUGA